AUGAAACAACCACAAACAGAAUCAAAUGUAUUAAAGAAUGGUUUAGUUGGAGCAUUCUAUUUAAUUGGAUUACAAAUUAUAUCAAGAUUAUUUACAUUUAUUAUUAAUACAUUAGUAAUUGUUGGAGUUGAUGAUAGUAUUUUUGGAGUAUCAGCAAUUCAAUAUCAAUUAUUGUCAUCAAUAAUUUUAUUUUUAUCACGUGAAGCAAUUAGAAGAGCAUGUACAAGAGUUAAUAUUACAGAUAAAUUAAAUAAUGAUAAUAAUUUAAAAUCUGUUAUAAAUUUAUCAUGGUUAGUUUUACCAAUUGGUAUUGGAUUAUCAAUCAUUUUUGAAAACUUUUUCCUCUACACAUCAACAAAAGAAACAUUAGAAAUCUUAAAUUAUCAUUACGGUUUAAGAUUAUUUACAAUUAGUUCAAUAUUAGAAUUAUUAAGUGAACCAAUGUAUAUUUUAGCUCAAAAUUUAUUACUCUUUAAAAUUAGAACUACAGUUGAAGGUUUUGCAUUAUUUUUUAAAACUUUUUCAACUUAUUAUUUUAUUGUAAUUUUAAAUAUGGGAUUAAUUGGAUUUGGAUAUGCACAAAUUUUAUAUUCAUUAACAUUAGUAAUUGGAUAUUUUGGAUAUUUUUUAAUUAAUAUAAUUAAUAAUAAUAAAAAUAAAGAUAAUAAAGAAUUUUCAAAUUGUUUUAAAUCAAUUGAUCAAUUAUUUCCAAAAUUUUCAACUAGAAUUGAUAGAAAUUUAAUUAAAUUAUCAUUACUUUAUACAUGGCAAUCAAUUUAUAAAUUAUUAUUACAAGAGGGUGAAAAAUUUGUUUUAUUCUUUUCAGAGACAAAUCAAGGUCAAGCUAUUUUUGCAAUCGUAUCAAAUUUAGGUUCAUUAAUUGUUAGAUUUUUAUUUUUACCAAUUGAAGAAACUUGUUUUUUAAUGUUUCCAAAAUUAUUUCCAACAAUCAAUAAUAAUAAUAAUAAUAAUAAUAAUAAUAAUAAUAAUAAUAAUAAUAAUAAUAAAAAUCAAGAAAAUAAUAAUAAUAAUGAUGAUUUUAAAAAUGGUGCGAAUGUAUUAAUUGUAAUUAUGAAAUUUUUAAUUUUAGUUUCAUUAGUUUUUACUUGUUUUGGACCAGGUUUUUCACAUUUAUUAUUAAAUUUAUUAUAUAAUAAUAAAUUUAGAGAUACAAAUGCUGGUGUUUUAUUAGGUUUCUAUUGUAUUUAUGUUGGAUUUUUAGCAAUUAAUGGUGUUUCUGAAUCAUUUGUUCAUAGUGUUGCAAAAGAAGAUCAAUUAAAAACUGUUAAUUGGGUAUUAAUUAUAAUUGGUUUCAUUUACUUAUUAUUCACUUUAAUAUUUUGUAAAUUAUUUCAAAAUAUUGGUAUUAUUUUAGCAAAUUGUUUAAAUAUUAAAUUAUCAAAUAUGAUACCAAAUAAAAUGGUAUUAUUAUCAUUUAUAAUAUCAUUUAUAAUUACAAAUUUAUCAAAUAAGUAUAUAUAUAAUGCUGUUAGUUUUAAAUCAACAUGUAUCCAUUUAUUAAUUGGUAUAAUUUGUUUUAUUCAAACUUGUACUUUUAUUUAUCUUAAAGAAUGGGUUUCAAUUAAAGAAUUUAAAAAAAUUUUAUCAAAUAAAAAUAAAUAA